AGAAAUCACAAUCCUAUCGAGUCACUAUUUUCUGUAGUGCCUGAUUGCAUUUUCACUCUACUCUUCUUCUUAAUUCUUCAUCCUCUUGCUCUUUAGCUACUUUGCAGCCAUGGAUACAAUCACUCCCGAUUGGACCAGUCUUCCUGGAGAACUCCUUACGUCAAUAGCAAAACGCCUCCAUACAAAAAUUGACAUCCUUCGUUUUCGUGCUGUUUGUCGCUCAUUUCGUUGCAUACUUCCCCAUCCUCCAAAGUUCCUAUUCCCAGAAUCAAUUUUAAAGACGACCGACUUUCUAAAAGGUCCCAAUCCCGACAGCGAAGACCCCUUUGUCCUCAUAGAGUCUACUGUUUAUGUCAUCCAGCCCCUUGACGAUGAAACAUCUGCACCAUGGUUGGUCGAAGUCGAGGAAACAACUUCAGGAAAAUUCCAAAUAAAAGAUCCCCUCUCUGAAUUAUAUCUUAAGAACUUGCCACAAAAGUCUUUGAACCUGUUGGAUUAUCGGGUUAAGGAAAUAAGUAAAUCCUACAUGUUUGAAUUAGCUUCUACCGAUGAAGGCAACGAGAGAGACUCCAGUGAUUCUUUUGUAGCUGCAGAAGUAGUGCCGUCUUCUUUUAUCGAUCAAAAUGAUGAUGGGUUUGUUGUCAUGGCGAAAUUUGGCGACCAACUAAGUGUAUGGAGAAAUAUAGACAAGAAGUGGACUGAUAUAGACACUGCUGAGAUUGAGAUUCCAGACUAUCCUGUUGAUAUUGUUUAUCGCAAUCACAAGUUCUAUACUAUUUCCUAUGUUGAUUCUGCUAUAAUUGUAGAUUCUAAAUCUUUGAAUGUUGUGGAGGUUGCUUUCCCAGUAGAUCUGGCAGGUUGGUUUGAUAUAUAUUUGUUAGAGUCUUCAAAUGAUUUGCUAAUGAUUGCCUGGAACGGGACAGAUAAAAAGCUUUUGGUGUUCAAGCUUGAUGAAGAGAAGUGUCAAUGGAUUCAAGUGACGGAUGGAUUGGAAGAUAGAGUUUUCUUUGUGGGACUAAGAAGUUCAUAUUCUGUUGUGGCUGAUGAUUUCUGUGGAUGUAAAGGGAGUCAUGUUUAUAUCAAAGUAGUUGAUGAAGAUGAUACUGAAUUAGAUGUUAAGACUUUUAACCUCAAGGAUAAUUCUGUUGAGGAGAUUGACGAUAACCCUUUUUGGCCUCCACCACCUUGGGUAUUUGGAGAUUUAGAAAAUGAGUUCAAACUUAUUAAUACAACUUAAUGCGAUGCAUUUAGGGAUUUCUAUAUUUUUGAUUUUGUCCUUCACUCAUUUUGAUCGGUUUUUACUUGUUAAUCGAUAGUAUUCUUGGUAAGGAGUUGUAUGUGUAGUUGUAAAGUUGCUUUGGAAAGAUAUUGCAUGACUUAGUCAAGUUGUUUAUUGGAUGCUAGUUUGUUUGUAAUUUUCUUCACUGUGACUGGAGUUGUGAGACUAGAGUUGUCUACAUAGCUUGGAUUGCUCACUAUUAUGUAUGCUUUGCUACCUAUUAUGUAUGCUUUGCUACUAUAAAUAUUAUUCUGAUAACCAAAUAUUGUGAUUAUUGUUGAGA